AUGACACCUCCAGUUACAACAGAUAUUAACAAUAUUGAUCCUAAUACUAAUCCGGAACUUGAUGUUAUUAAGAAACAUCACGGAGAAAUUAUCUAUGAACCUAAUGGCUUUGUUAACAAGAUCUACAGAAAAGAUAGCCAACUCAACAGGCGUACUGUCAAUACUUACAUUGAUAUGUGGAAGGAGGAUAAAAAUGAUUUGUCUAAUAAAGUGGAAACUGUUUCAAAAAGACGUGAUAAUGCACAAACUAUGACAAACGCGUUUUAUGACAUUGGUGAUACUUUUGAACAAUCCAUUAAACGUCAUGAACAAUUCCUAUCUUUAAAACUUGGAUUGACUCCAAAACAUAAAGCUAUUGAUGUGGGAUGUGGAGUUGGUGGUCCUCUUCGUGAAAUUGUUAGGUUAUCUGGUUCACAUGUUACUGGAAUCAACAAUAAUGGAUAUCAAAUUGAAAGAUGUAAAGCAUAUUCCAAGAAACUUGAUUUGGAGAAAUUAACUGAUUUUAUCAAAUGUGACUUUACAAAUAUUCCACGCGAGUUAGAUAACAAAUUUGAUUCAGCCUAUGCAGUCGAAGCAACUGUACAUGCACCAAAACUUGAAAUGGUUUAUGGUGAAGUAUUUCGUGCAUUGAAACCUGGUGGUCUUUUUGCCAGCUAUGAAUGGGUUAUCACUGAUAAAUAUGAUGAAAAUAAUCCUGAACAUAAGCAAAUUAUUCAUGGGAUUGAGGAAGGUAAUUCUGUUCCAGCUUUAGGUCCUUAUAAAAAAGCACUUGAAGCUGCAAAAAAUGUUGGUUUUGAAAUCCUUGAAUAUGAGGAUAUGGCUGUUUUAGAUGAUCUUCAUGAACCAUGGACUACUCAUAAAUUUGUUUAUAUUCUUGAAUCUUUACAUAUUGCACCACCAGGAUCAACCGAUGUUUCUCUCUUUCUUAAUAAUACAGCUACUGCUUUGGUUAGAGGAGGAGAACUUGGAAUUUUUUCUCCAAUGUUUUUUGUAUUAUUUAGAAAACCUCAAUAA